AUGUCGGUAACAUUUCCAUGUUGGGCUCGAGUAAGUAAUGCAGUAGAAGAUCCACAAACAAAGAGUUCAGUAGCACAAGAUCAAGUCAUUCAGCUGACUUCAGAAGAUGGCGAUUGGUAUGUUAUGAAGACGCUUGAUGGGCAGUUUGGCAGAGUGCCAAAGAUUCUCACAAUUCCCAUUGCAAACCCUUUACGAACUCCGUCAGAGAAAGUAUUAUGCUCUAUUGCCCAGUAUGAUGCUCAGAGAGAUGGAGACCUGUCUUUUGCUGUAUUCACUAUUAUAGUGUCUGAUGCCAUUGCGUCUACUGGCUACGGUACGGGUGUCGUCGUCACAGAUACCGGCAAGCGACUUGGUGCCAGUGGAACAUUUCCCCUUAACUAUGUUACAGAGCUGGAAGGGUUUAUCGCUCCCCCGAAUGUUCCUACGGCCAUACCAACUUCGUUUACAACCAAUUUUACGGACGUGCGAUUCAGAGAUGCUAAGCUGAUUUUCUCUUUCAGCGCCGAGUAUGCUAACGAACUAUCCUUGAAUGUUGACGAUAUCAUAACUUUGACAAGACGGGUUGAUAAGGAUUGGCUAGAAGGUAGCGUCAGCGGUAAAUCGGGGAUUUUCCCGCAAUCAUUCGUUCAAAUUGUUGUGGACUUGCCCAGUGACGGUCAAAGUGAUGGAGAAAAUAAGCGACAAAGCACCACUGAAGAGGGAGUGGGCUUUGCCAUAGUUCGACAUGACUUUAUUGCCCGACAGAAUGAUGAACUCACGGUUAAAAUGGGUGAUUCCGUCAGGAUUCUCAAGAUGGUGAAUACUGACUGGGUAUCCUGUAAGGAUCCGGCUACCGAUGCUUCAGGAAUUGUGCCAGUGGCAUUUUUGGAGGUGUACUUAGAUGAAGACGAGGACGAUGCACGCGAGGCACCACCCCAGAAUCGUCCAGCAAGUUAUACUGAACAAAAGAGCCGUAUUGUUUUCCAGUUUUCCACUCUUACCAACACCUCAUUUACCGCUCCUCCUGUCGUACCCGACUGGCGAACUUCAACAAGAGUGGAAGAUUUUCCGCCACCAAUCGCUGCACAGUCGCAUGCGUGGGCUACAUUUGGUGAUGACUGGAAUGUGGCUGAGAAGAAACCAGCACCGGCUCGCCCUCCUCCUCCAAAGGUCACUAGUAUGUCUCCAUCGGAAAUGAUUUCUGUCACCGAAAUGUUGGGUAUGGCGGAGAAGCAGUUGAGCAUAGUUCAGAAUGUCCCGGUAAUCUCAGCUUCGAACGCAAGCAUGAACCAAGAGGAAAAACGCUGUAAGGUUCUUGAAGAGCUGAUCAGUACCGAGCUUCAGUUCAUCACGGACAUAAAUGCGUAUACGGAGGCCGUUGAUGGAAGCACACGUCUUUCCACAAAGCAAAAAGUCAUCAUGAAAAAUGGAUGUGCACAAGUGGUUGAGCUAGCGCGUGCUCUUGUGCAAGGGCUCACAAAUGAACAAAGUAAUGUUUUCCUCGUUCAA